AUGGCCGUAUUAUCAUGGUCUGUGAGCGCCCUCACCCUCGCCCUCUCGCUGUGCCUCCCGCAGACCGCAUCAGCUCGCACCGUGACCUAUGACUUCAACAUCUCGUGGGUGCUUGCCAACCCCGAUGGCUUCGGCCGGCCGACUAUCGGUGUGAAUGGCCAGUGGCCGCCCCCCACCAUCGCCGCCGACCUGGGCGACACGGUGGUCGUCAAUGUGGUUAAUUCGCUCGGCAACCAGUCCACGGCAUUGCACUUCCACGGCCUGUUUAUGAAUGGGACUACUGAGUUAGACGGGCCUGCCCAAGUCAACCAGUGUCCCAUUGCCCCGGGGUCGUCGUUUGUGUAUCAGUUCAAGGCUUCCCAGCCAGGCCUCUACUGGUACCAUUCGCACGUCCAGGGCCAGUAUCCCGACGGACUGCGUGCACCGCUGCUCAUCCGUGACCCGAACCACCCCUACCGUGGCCAGUAUGACGACGAGGUGCUGCUGUCCGUCUCGGACUGGUACCAUGACCAGAUGGCACACCUGGUCCCACAUUACCUGCACGGCGGGAGUAUGAUGUCGCAGGAACCUGUGCCGGACGCCAAUCUGUUGAACGACACGCAGGACAUGCGUAUCCCCGUCGUGCCCGACCGGACGUACUUGGUGCGCCUAGUCAACAUGGCUGCGUUCGCCGGCCAGUACUUUUGGGUCGAAGACCACUCAAUCCGCAUCGUCGAGGUCGACGGCGUCUACACCAAGCCCGCCGAGACGGACAUGAUAUUCCUCUCCUCGGGCCAGCGAUGCAGCUUCCUCGUGACAACUCAGUCGGGUCGGGACAGGAACUAUCCCCUGGUUGCUUCCAUGAACCCGAGCUUGUCCAAGAUACGCAAUAGUGCAAGCCAGAACGUGACAGGUUGGCUAGUCUACGCGCCCGACCAACCGCUGCCACAGCCUCAGGUGCUUGAUAACUUCGAUCCACUCGACGAUACGACAUUGGAGCCAUACGAUGAGAUGCCGUUGCUCCCUCCACCGGGCCAGAGUAUCGUCCUCAGCCUGGGAAUGUCGCACGCUGGUGGCAUCAAAUGGUUCUUCAACACGACAAGAUAUUCUGCCCCCGAGAUCCCGUCGCUCUACACUGCCUUGUCCAGUGGUCCAAACGCAACCAACCACUCCAUCUACGGCGUCUCCACCAACCCUUUCGUCCUGCAGCACAACGCGGUCGUCGAGAUCAUUGUUUACAACCACCAUAUGGUGCGCCACCCUUUCCACCUGCACGGCCACAAUUUCCAGGCGGUCUACCGCUCCCCGAAGAAGGCGGGCAGCUUUUUCGACAGCGGCCUUGUCGAAGCCGACUUCCCGCGGAUGCCCAUGCGGCGGGACACCCUCUUGCUGGAGAACGGUGGCUUCAUGGUCCUGAGGUUCCGGGCUGACAAUCCGGGCGUCUGGCUGUUCCACUGCCACAUGGAGUGGCACGUCGAGACUGGCCUCGUCGCGACGUUGAUCGAGGCGCCGCUCGAGUUGCAGCAGCUGCACAAGGACCGCCCCUUGCCCCAGGGCUUGUGCGGCUCACCGGACAGCCAACAGCCUGAGCAGGAUGCCGCUGUGCUUGAAGAGGAACACAAACCGGCUUCGGAAUCCCAAGAAAGCAAAAACGCAAGCAGAAGCUCUAUGAUCUCCACGGCCGUGCUGCUAAUGGUGGUCUUCAUUGUCGCCAUGGCCGGGCUCGCUCUCGCCGUCCAACUCCGCAUCAGGAAGACGCACCGCGGAUCGAUCCAGCAAAGAUCCGCGGCACUGGAUGCCGAUUUCCAGAUCGAACAGCAGCACCUCCUCGAAAGCUCUACGAGCUGUGAAAGUAUGGAGGUAUUGCAAGAGGGCUCGCCCAACAGGCCUGCAAAGCCGCCCCUGGACCUGGAAGACAUAGAUUGUGGACGUAGAGGGCGGUGA